AUGUCCUUAUUAUUACACCGUAUAUUGCAAUCUUAUAUAACAUCUAUCUAUCUAUCUAUCUAUCUAUCUAUCUAUCUAUCUAUCUAUCUAUGUCAGUCUGUUCAUAUCUAUCUAUCUAUCUAUCUAUCUAUCUAUCUAUCUAUCUAUCUAUCUAUCUGGCCAUGUGCCACAAUUAUUGUAAUCUACAAUAAUAAAUAUAAUCUAUCUAUCUAUCUAUCUAUCUAUCUAUCUAUCUAUCUAUGUCAUCUAUUCAUAUCUAUCUAUCUAUCUAUCUAUGUCAGUCUGUUCAUAACUCAGUCUAUUCAUAUCUAUCUAUCUAUCUAUCUAUCUAUCUAUCUAUCUAUCUAUGUCAGUCUGUACAUAUCUAACUCAGUCUAUUUAUAUCUAUCUAUCUAUCUAUCUAUCUAUCUAUCUAUCUAUCUAUCUAUGUCAGUCUGUUCAUAUCUAACUGAGUCUAUUCAUAUCUAUCUAUCUAUCUAUCUAUCUAUGUCAGUCUGUUCAUAUCUAACUGAGUCUAUUCAUAUCUAUCUAUCUAUCUAUCUAUCUAUUCUAUUCAUAUCUAUCUAUCUAUCUAUCUAUCUAUCUAUCUAUCUAUCUAUCUAUCUAUCUAUCUAUCUAUCUAUGUCAGUCUGUUCAUAUCUAACUCAGUCUAUUCGUAUCUAUAUAUCUAUCUAUGUCAGUCUGUUCAUAACUCAGUCUAUUCAUAUCUUUCUAUCUAUCUAUCUAUCUAUCUAUCUAUCUAUCUAUGUCAGUCUGUACAUAUCUAACUCAGUCUAUUUAUAUCUAUCUAUCUAUCUAUCUAUCUAUCUAUCUAUCUAUCUAUCUAUGUCAGUCUGUUCAUAUCUAUCUAUCUAUCUAUCUAUCUAUCUAUCUAUCUAUCUAUCUAUCUAUUUAUGA